UUUUUCAGGAUGGCACUUGCAGAAACAUUCAGCACUAACUGUGGCAUCUUGGCCCUUGAUGAACCAACCACAAACUUGGAUCGUGAAAAUAUUGAGGCUCUUGCCUUUGCUCUGUUAGACAUUGUAAAUAAGAGGGCAAGCCAAGAAAAUCUGCAGUUGAUUAUAAUUACACACGACCAAGAAUUCCUGGAAAAGCUUGGUCAUCCUGAUUACACUGAUUAUUUCUCCCUAGUUGAAAGGAAUGACAG